UAAACUUAAACAAAUGUAUAGUCUUAUAUCUAAACAUUUCUUAUAUAUCAGCAUUGCUGGAAUAUCAUUCUAUGUAUAAUAUCGUGGAGGCGGUUUCCAAACACGGUAGUUGGUAGAUUGGCGAAUAUUUCCAAAACUAUGAACUGCCAUCACUAUUGUGUAUAGUUAGUCGCCCUCGCAGUAUAUCACAAGCUUUGGACUGAAGUGGGUUCAGCCCUAAAACCUUGCCUACCGACACUGGAUAGUGAGCAGCAAAUGAAAGUUGUUAUAAAUGUUUAAUGUAUUAUUAUGAUUACUGUUUCAGAUCUUAAUUUAAGAUCAUGAAGCCAGCAACUAGAAAACGACGAGCAGCAAGCCUAACUGCUGAAGCUCUCUGGAACAUACAGUUGGAAGAUGACGUUUUAGGAAAAUCGGCGCAAUUCAGUGUCAAUGCAAAUAAAAAGAUAACCCUGCGUGAAAGCGCCAAGAUUGCCCCUUGCUUGCCGGGACCACAUAACAAUUGUGUCGAUGAAAAAAGAAACGAUAUCGAUAAUAAUAGAUUCAUAACUACGACUAGAGGAGGAAAGCGAAAGCAGUUGAAACGGAAGGCUGAAAUGUUACCGAAGCCUUGCGUUCAUCAGCAGUCGGCGCUGUCCGUCACGGGUAAAGCUGGCAACUCAUAUAUCAGCAAAGGCAAGCCUACCGCAUCCGUAGUUCCUCUCAUUAAACGCCAGAGUAUUACAACAAAAGAAACGCAUCCUUCGGACGCAGUUUCCGGCAGCUCGCAGGUUCUAUUGCUGCCAAUAUCUCUAAACCCGAGUCCCAGUACAAUGUCGGGCGGAAGCGCAUCCCUUCCGAUCUUUGCACUUCAUUCAACUUCAGUUAAGUUAGAUUUGAUGCGAUGUCUGGACAAUUCACAACUGGUAAACGUUGCGCCGAUGCUAGCUGGAUCAUCGGGUACGCAAGUCAGUUUAUCACCGAGCGAACGCCUCCUGCACCAUCCGAGGUAUUAUGUCAAUCCCAAAAUUGAAGAUCAUGUAUGUAAAAGACAAACAAGUUAUCCACCCUUCGAUCAAGACGAACCUCUGAACUUGAAAUUAGGGGAGAGUAGCAUUCCAAGUGGAGGUAUCAAAAAUAAAAAUGCACAUCCGACUGGACGAAAUUACGCAAAGAAAAAUACCCCAAAAUUGUGGAGAAAACAGGUUUCUAUCAUGUCGAAUUCACUGUCAGUCUCGGCUAAGAAUAUGCUCAGCAGUAAUAUUGCAAAAAGCAAGUUCCAAUUAAACUCAAGUUCCAGAAAUCUUGUUCCAUCCAUACUUUGCAAAGAUAUCAUCAGAUAUGAUGCUUAUUCUCCCUCAUCAGAAUCAUCUUGCUCAACGGAUCUAGAAGAAGGUUCUGCGUCUGCGCCUGCACGAGGAAGAAAAAAAUCUUCUCAGAUUAAUUUACGGUGCAAAGCCGCUCCUGCACCAGGAACGGAUGAAUAUUAUCGCCAACAGAAAUUUUCACCUUAUGAAAGGGAAACGCCGAAACAGCACAAGUCAACGAAAGCACGUCUGAAAUCUAACGAAACCGUCAUCGAGAACAACGGUUGGAUAUGGGAAGGGAAACCAUAUGAAGCACCUGUAUAUAGCGUGCAAUCCGGAAAGCCAGUGAUACGUCUCUGUUAUCCUUCUAUGAGGAGGAAAUGUGACGGCAAAUCUGACGAAGACGACGUUGUUAUGGUUCGAGAUUGCGUCAUAAUGCGUGCUGAUGCAGGGGAGCAACCUUACGUCGCAAAAGUUGCUGCACUUUGGUCGCAACCAGGUACCGGUACCAUGAUGAUCAGUCUGCUAUGGUUUUACAGACCAGAACAUACAGAAGAUUCUCGCGUAUUAUCAUCUCGAUACAAUGAUAGCGAACUGUUUGCAUCUCGUCAUUUAGAUGAAAUAAGCGUGGCAUGUGUGGAAGAUAAAUGCUUUGUCCUAACAUAUAAUCAAUAUUGCAGGUUUCAAGCUUUGUCAGAGAAAUCGGACCAAGCAUGCAUCGUCGAUGGACGAAAUCUUGUUCCUGCAAAAUCGACUUCACUUCAGAGUAGAAAAUCGCACUUGGACGUUCCUGUCGAUACAGAUAAAUCUUUAGUUUAUUUCUGCAGAAAAUUAUAUGAUAUUAAAUUACAUCGAUUAUUAAAAACUUUUCCUUUUCCCACUCCGCUGUUUUAUCAAAAUUCAACUUCCAUCGCAAAAUCAACUUCUUAUUCUGAUACCAACUAGUUUAUUUGUGAUUUUUCGUUAUACUUUAACAAAUUGUUACGUUUACUGGUAUUUCUCUGUGAUUGCCACGAACAUAGUAUUGGCAAUCUUUAUCAUUUUUGAUUCUUGAUAGUGGCUCACCUCUUAUUCAUCGUUCUGUGCGCGAAAUGAUGAUUUCAAUUACUUAGAAAUAACAGUAAAUCUGACAAUUUCUAUACCGCAAUCUGAUACAAUUAUAUCUGUGAAACAAUAUUAUUUUGUCUUGUUUUUUUCGAUUCUCGUAUAGUUUUCAGAAGAGAAAAAAGAUGAAAAUGAAAAAUAUACAAAAAUUUUACUUUA